CUAGGUGAAACAAAUAUACCUUUCUCCGCUAACGAAUUUCACUUAACAAAAAUGCAAUUUUCCCCUCUAUUUUGGGUUCUUUGUCUCGUUUAUUUUUUUUCACAAUAGAGGAGAAAAAAUAAUUUUGAAUUUUAGAAAAAUAAUUACAAAACUAUAGUAUUUCUAUAAUAAUAUUUUCUUCAAUUUCUUCUUCCAAUUCCUUCUCAAAGUAAAAGCAUAAAAAUACUUCCAUCUUCCCCAAUUUUCCUCCGGCGAAAUUGAAACUCCGACCGCCGUCGAUCCUCCGUUGACUCUGUUUCUACGGUGAAGAUGAACCAAAGUCAAGGUCAGCAAACAAGUGAAGGAAGACACGAGGAUGAUGCUGUUCUAGCCGAUUUCCUUGCUUCCUUAAUGGACUAUACUCCCACUAUUCCUGAUGAAUUAGUGGAGCAUUACUUGGGUAAAAGUGGAUUUCAAUGUCCUGACGUUCGAUUAAUAAGGUUGGUGGCAGUUGCUACACAGAAGUUUAUUGCAGAUGUUGCCACUGAUGCUCUCCAACAUUGCAAGGCAAGGCAGUCAACUAUUGUCAAGGACAAAAGAGAUAAGCAGCAAAAGGACAAACGCCUUACCUUGACAAUGGAUGAUCUUUCAAAAUCUCUACGAGAGUAUGGUGUAAACGUCAAACAUCAAGAUUACUUUGCUGAUAGCCCGUCUGCCGGGUUAGAUCCUGCUUCAAGAGAGGAAUGAUGUAAUGCCUGCUAACAAAUCUCUGUGAUCACAUAAAUCUGAUGGUUGUGAGGUCGUUGCAUUGUCAUCCUCUUGAUUUCUCAAAAGCUAUAUAUGUAUUGGAGGAUACAACUCUUGACUACUAUGUAUCUCUAUAUAUCUGAUUCACUCAACUUACCAAUGUUAACUGUAGUUGCCACCAUUGAUAGAUUGCUUGUUUCGAGAUUCCUUUCGUGGUAGCAACGGGGGUGAUGUCGAUAACUGGUUUGAAUGUUUAAAUUUGCUUUGAACUUGUUGAUGAAUGUACUUUAUUUUGUCUAAUUGGGUUGUCUCACUUCUUCUUUAAUGUAGACCAGACAUGUUUGGUUGCAUCUUAUUUCUGAUGGAAUACACUAUUGUGGUAGCUGAAA